AUGCUGAAAAAGUACCACGUGGAGCCUCAAACAUGGCGUGUUGCUGUAUCGACACUCGUUGCCAUUGCCCGAGACACGUUUCCUGUGCAAUGUCGAGUGCUGAGUGAAGGCAAACACACCGUUGAGAGCACCACCACAUUCAGAGCCUUCUUUGAUUUACUGGAUGACUACUUGUUCUGCGACGGGGACGAAGAAUUAAUCGACAGCCCCUUCAUCCCGCCCAUUGAGGAGCGGCACAGAGACGAAUCCCUGGACCUGCAACUAAUUGGAUUAGUGCAGGACUUCUGCCUGCCACACAUACAGUACUUGCCCGAGGAAUUGGUCAACCAGAUUAUCAUGACACUACAACGAGGAUCUGUACUGGAGAACACAGAAGUAGCCUUCGCCCAUAUCCAGAGUGAGCCCGAUGUUGACCCUCACACGGGCAGUCUGAUGGUCAAAGAAGCACUGGCCACCGCCUGCUUUGAAACCCUAUUGGAGUUCUCCUUUUUGGAUCAAAACGGCGAAGAAAUCGGGAUUGGGGAAAGUGCUGAACCCAAUUCCAGGUCAUCGACACCGGCAG